UUACUGCCACCACACCUAACCUAACCUCUCAAACAGUUACUCUCCCUCCAAAUUCCAAAUCUGUUGCGUGCUUACGUCACCUUACAAUGGCGGUUUCAUCUACCUUCAAAGAGAGGCUCCAACAAAUGGAAGAUUCCAGAAACCAACGCCUCUCUCUUCUCCAGGCCGAGAAAGAUCUCCAGCUCAGCAAAUCUCAAACCCUAGCUUCCAAGCUUCAAGCCAUCAGAUCCAUCGAGCAAAGGUGUUUGAAGUUUGAACACAAAGUCGCCUCACAGCAAUUCAUCAUUUCUUCCAUCAAAUCUCAACUCGAUCAUCUCGAUUCAGUUUAUCUUCGUCAGAUCCAGCAGCUCAGGGUUUUAAAAAGUGAAGUGGAAAGUCUGGAGGAGUUGGAGAAGGAGAAGGAUAAGUAUUAUGCUUUGAAAGUUGGUGAUAUUCAUGAAUUUAGGGUUCGAGCGGAGACGUUUGCAACCGACUGCGAAAGGCGUGUGGAGGAGUUGAGGAGUUGUGUGAAUGAGCUGAACUCGAGUUUCAUCCAACUUCAAAACAGUGCUGGCUGUUCCAAUAGUUCUGACAUAGCUGCAGCUGAAAUGAGGAAAUUCGAGCUUCAAGCUAUGAAGGAAAAUUUAGAUAGAAGGCUGGCUUCUAACUACGAGACAAGGGCGCAGUUGCAGAAACAGCUAAAGAGUAUGCUGAUUUCACAAAAGAGAAUGAAGGUAGCCAUCUAAUGUGGUUUGAAAGAUAGUAUAUUUCUGAAAGGAAAGACUUGGUAUAGACAAAUUUAAUAGCAACAAACAUUUGUGCACAAGUAUAAUGGGAUGCUCACUUGCUCUUGUGGCUCGUUCUGUUGAUCAGUGCAAUACAAAUACAUUUUUAAGUGUAAGUUCACACUGUGAUAAGGAAGGAAAUAAUGAUGAUAAGGGAGAUAGUAACCACCAUACCAUUACCCAC